AUGGCAUCACAGCUCCUGCUCCUCUCUCUGCUCUGCACGCUGUUCGUGCACCAGAGCCAUGCGGCCUGCGCAGAGGUGGCCUCGGACACCGAGGCAGUGGCAGGCAAGGGCUUCAAGCUGGGCUGCGUCUCCUGCAAGCUGAGGAGCGAGGUGGAGAGCACAGCCAUUAUCGAAUGGUACUUCAAGCCCAAAGGAGAAGCCGACUUUUUCCCUAUCUACACGUACGGCAGUGGAAUCGCCACCAUCGAGCACGAGGACUUCAUCGACCGCGUGGACUGGAACGGCAGCAAGACGAGCAACGACAUCCAGGAUGGAUCCAUAUACGUGCUCAACAUCACCUUCAACGACACGGGGACCUUCCGCUGCUACUUCAACCGCAUCCUCAUCUACCCCAACCACGAGUACAGCACUCUGGUUAGCAAACUGGUCCACCUCACCGUGGUGGCUAAAGCGACCAGAGGAACCGCUUCCAUCGUGUCAGAGGUCAUGAUGUACGUGACCAUCAUCGGGCUGCAGGUCUGGCUCCUCAUAGAGAUGAUUUACUGCUACAAGAAGAUCUCAGCGGCCGGGGAGGAGGCGCUACGAGAAGCGGCAAAUGCUGAAUAUUUAGCAAUAGCCUCGGAGGGUAAAGAUAACUGUGCCGGCGUGCAGGUUGGAGAAUAG